AUGUCAAAUACUUUUGUAAGCAGUUUAAACAGAAAAGUCAAGAAGGCAAAAACUUUGAAUACAGAAAUAAUAAAACUUUCUAACAAUAAAGUAGACAACAAAGAAAACUUAGAUUAUAUCAAAACUUUUAAAAUUGAGAUCAAAAAGGAAAACAGCAAUCUAAAACAAAAAGAUCUCAACACUGUACUCAAAGCUAAAGACAUUAAGUCUAAUUUUGAAACUAUAGAAAUUGCAAA